CUCACUUGAGUACAUUCGCUUCGCGCGGGUUUAACACACACGACGAAGCAAUAGUCGCACUUCAUUUUAUAAGCGCGACGACGUGAAUUUCAUAAACGUGAAUACAAAAAUCGCACAAAUAAAAGUAAAAAAAAAGAAGAAGAAGAAGAAAAUAAAAUAGUUUAAUACUAUUUUUAAUUGUGUCGUUAAAAAAAAAUUAAUAAUAAACUCUCCCGUUUAAAAAGAGCGCAGUACCGAUGAAUCGUGAGAGACGAGCAAAACUUCUCGCGGGGUUUUAUGAAAUUGGCCGGACAAUUUGGAAACAUUUGUGAUUUAAAUAAAGAAGAAGAAAAAAAAUUGCCAAUUUCGACAAAAUUAAAAUAUCUUCUUUUCGAUUAUAAGGAGUAAUUUAUUUUUUCAAUUUAACAAUUUUUUUUUUAUUAUUUUGAAAAAAAGUCAUUUAUUUUUAACCAAAUAAUCGCAUAUUGAGUUAAUAUUUAAGUCGACGCAUUGUGAUUCAACGACUGUGAUAUCUUUCCUGAGACUAAGUUGUCAACCUUGCCGAACUUCACUAUGGCUGAAAAAUCAACAGAGAUUCUUGAUCCAGAAAAAGCGUCACUGGUUGAUUCAGGACGUCUGCCAACGAUACAACACACAACACUCCUGGAGAGUGAGAAACAGGCCCUAGGAACAAAUGGAAAUUAUAUUUAUCAACAUGAUGAUAAACGAGCGAGGGGCAGUGCUUUUAGACAAAUUUUAGCCGCAAUUGUCGCACAAUUAGGAACUAUUAAUACGGGAAUGGUUUUUGGCUUUGCAGCAAUUGCCAAUGUACAAUUACAAGAUUCAAAUGACACUUUAGUGACCACCAGCAACGAAAGAACAUGGAUUGCCAGUACUUCGGCAAUUGGAACCCCCAUUGGUUGCUUACUAUCCGGCUAUCUGAUGGACAUUUUCGGUCGUAAGGCAUCGCUAAUUGUCACCGAGGUACCAGCACUAUUUGGAUGGAUUCUCAUAUCGUGUGCAACUAAUGUGAACAUGAUUUACGCUGGAAGAUUCUUCACUGGUCUUGGCUCGGGAAUGGUUGGCGCUCCAGCUCGUGUCUAUGCGAGUGAAGUAACACAGCCACAUUUGCGAGGAAUGUUAACAGCAUUUGCGAGUGUUGGCGUCAGUACCGGUGUUCUCAUUGAAUAUUCUCUAGGCAGUUUACUCUCAUGGAAUGUGUGCGCUGCAAUAAGUGCUAUUCUUCCACUUGCCGCUCUUCUUCUUAUGUUCCUCUUUCCUGAGACUCCAUCGUUUCUUAUUUCACAAAAUAAACCAGAACAAGCGAGAAUAUCGUUACAAAAAUUUCGCGACAGCAAUUACAAUUUAGAUAAGGAGAUGAAUCUUCUUCUUAAUUUUUCAAAUAAAAAUAAUAUCAAAAGACUUACGGGCUUUAGGGAAAUAACCAAUGCCUUACUAAAACCAAAUGCCGUUAAACCAUUCCUCAUUCUUAUGCUCUAUUUUCUCAUUUAUCAAUGGACUGGAACAAAUGCUGUGACUUUUUAUGCGGCAAAAAUAUUUCAAGAUUCUGGAGCGACAAUCAAUAAAUAUUUGGCAACGGUGAUUAUUGGAAUUGUUAGGCUUGUCUUUACGAUUGUUGCCUGUAUUUUAUGUAGACGAUGUGGAAGAAGACCACUAACAAUGAUCUCUGCCUUUGGCUGUGGAGUUUCAAUGUUGGCCUUUGGAAUUUAUGAAUGGAUCAAAGUUUAUUGGACUGAUAAUAAUAUGGAGCAUAGUUGGACAUGGUUUCCUGUUUUUUGCCUCAUUUUCUACACUGCAGCUUGUACACUUGGUUUCCUGGUGAUUCCAUGGAUUAUGAUUGGUGAACUUUAUCCAAUUCAGGUGCGAGGUGUUCUUGGCGGUUUCACUACAAUGUCAGCGCACGCCUUUGUAUUCACUGUAGUUCAAACAUUUCCACUUUUAACUGAAACCAUAACUAUUCAUGGUACUUAUCUUUUAUAUGGUUUUAUAUCAAUAUUCGGUAUGGUGUACUUCUAUUUGUGCUUGCCGGAAACCAAAGGCAAAACCCUACAAGAAAUUGAAGACUAUUUUUCAGGUAGAAGCGAUACAUUGAAAACGGGACUUAACAGUAAAAUGUGGAUGAACAAAAAAUUGAACAUUGAAAAGGGACAAGUAUUGCCUUAAUAAUGAUGAUGUCUCGGAAUUUUUAUUGUGCGAACAAAAAAAAAAUCCAAUUUAAUUUCGAGUUUUUUUUUUAAAUGAAACUUAAUAUUUAUAUAUUUUUAAAGACAUUAUUGAAUUUUCCAUUUUUUGUCGAAUUAUUUCAGCAGAGAUAAAAAAAAAUAUUUGUUUUUUAAAAAAAGUGACUUUGUCACUUUAUUUUGUGAUAGAAUCGUACUCGCAAAUUUACCGUCGCCAUCGAUAUUAGGAUUACGACAAUUAUAUGAAUAGAAAAAAAAAGUAGGAUUUUUAUUUUAGAAAAUCAAUGUCAUUGCGAUCUUUACUCAUUUAUAUAAGAAUCAAUGGACUCAAAACUUUAUUUUGUUAUAUAAACAAAUAUUAUUGACAAUUUUAAAUUAAAUCUUCAUAUUAUAUGAAGAAUAUUUUUUGCCUUUAGUACUUAUUAAUUUUUUUUAUAUAAAAAAAAAAAAAAAUUGUAAAUAAUCUUUUGUUAGUGUUCAAGUGAACUGAUCAAAUAUAUAUGAAAAAUAAAUAAUAAUAUAUUUUAUAUAUAUAAAAAAAUGAAAAUAUUGUACCAAACUGUUUAGAACAGAAAAAUAUCUUCAAAGUGCUCUUAUUUAUUUGUAAAACGUUUUAUUUAAUGUUUAAUUAAGCGGCAAGAUAGAAUUAAGUAUUAAAAUAAAUAAUUAUAUUAGUCUCUUACCGAAAAAAGGAUUGCCAAGAUAUUAAAUUGUAAAAUCAGUAUGAAAAUGUAUAUAAAAUUUUCGUGUUCGUAUAUCUUUUUUUUUUUUUAUUUAAUUUUUAUCAACACGAAACGAGUGCCAAUGAGAAGAAAAGAAAAAUGUAAAUAGCAUUAUCUUAAAUCGUUGUAUUUUAAUUGUAUAUCUAGAUAGAUCUCAUUCAAAACUAUUUUUAUAAUAAAGAUACUUUUUAAAUGAAAUUAAUUAAUGUAAUUAUUCCAAUGUGAAUGAAAUUAAAGAAAGGGGCUUUUUGUAUUUAUUUUAGGAUAUUGGAAAUUAACACAUUUUAGAUGUCUCAAAAAUGAAUUAAAUUAUUUUGAAAAAAUAACAUAUUAAAUAAUCAAAAAAAAUAAACAUCUCUUAAAAAAUAUAUCACCAAUUUUAUUUAUCAAAGAUUUUUUCUUUAAAAAAUAUAACUUUAAAUUUGAGAUUUCUUUUUAUGAAUAUUUAUCAGAUUAGACUGUUCAGUCUUCUUGCUUUCUAAGUUGCUCUUAAUAACAUGCGAUUGUUAGGUCACGUGAUCAUGACAAUGUUAAAUUCUUCGAUCAAUUUUUUCGUAUAAUUUUGUGUUAAUUUUUUUUUUUUUAGUUAGUGACGUCAUUCCUUAUAUUUUCUAACGAUUUUCAUGUAUUUUAUAAUAAUUAAUUCAAUAAAUAUUACAAUUUUUGGACA